CUCUCUCUCUCUGUGUGUGUGCACAUAUCGUUGAGAGUUGGAGCUUUGGAAGGAGGAGAGGAUGGGCAGCAGCUAUUUUGGCGAAUUGGGGUUGGGAGGUGCAAGUUCUAGUGCCCCACGAAAGGGGAAGAAAAGCAGUUCGCAGAAGCCAAAGCAACCCCAGAGAGGACUUGGAGUGGCUCAGUUGGAGAAGAUCAGAUUGCAAAAUCAAAUGGCCGAAUAUCUUCCCUCAAUCCAGUCCCCAUUCCACAGUAAUCUCACAAUGGAGGAUAUGGGAGUGGAUAUGGCACUUUCAUCAUCUCCCUCUUCCUCAAACAUGGCCUCACCAUCUACAGUCUUUGCUCUUCAUCCCAACAUCAUGAUGGGUUAUGGAGACACUGAAAGAAGACACAUUACAGAUGGUGAAUUCCACUCUAGUCUUCCAUCUAGGCCUCUCUCAGAUUACAACGAUAACUUUCUACCCCACCAUUAUGCACCAGCGACUGUAACACAGCCCCUUUGGGAACAAACCACGGAGAAAGUGCAGAAGAAGAAACGGCAUGAUCGAAGCCGCUCAACAAGUUCGAUGAGUCAGAACUCUGACUCUAACGAUGCGCAAGAAGUAGAUCUAGAGCUCAGAUUAUCACUAUAGACACUUGGAAGAUAAGCUUUAGCCUGAUGGUUUUGUUCUUCUAUAAUAAAUUUAUGCAACAGUACUAUAGUUGGCAUAAUACCUGUUCGCAAUGUGGUAUUUUACCAAAGCAAUGCAUGUGAAGGGAGACCAAAGCCAUCAAGGGUUCGUAAACACCUUCAACUCUCUGAUCACUUACAUGACGAAUUGAGAAAUCCUUGUUCUUGUUUCAUUCUUGUUUUUCUUUCUGACAUAGAAAGAUGGGACUUCCUCAAAAAAGAUGUUGAAAGAUGGGUCAAGUCCCAUCAAACUUUCAUUUAAUUGCCAGGUCGAAAUGUUGAGAAGACUUCAUUGAAAUGUGGAAACGAUCAGAAUAGCUUUUGAUCA